CUUUUGCAAUGUGUAUAUAUAUAUAUAUAUAUAUAUAUAUAUAUAUAUAUAUAUAUAUAUAUAUAUAUAUAUAUAUAUAUAUUGAGAAGUAGGCUUGUUUAGUUUACUAAAAUAUGUUAGUAUGUAUUUAGUUCUUACAUCUGCAGGGUAAAUAGCCUUUAAAGUAUCAUGGUACAAAAAUAAUAUUUAGAGAAAUAAACUGCUCACUUUACAUAAAAAUCUGUUCCCUGAAUUUAUUAAAAAAUUUUAUCAGUUGUGAAGAGACGCUUUUAUUGGACUGCGGUAAAAAUAAAUAAGUAAAACAAAUAAAACAGUAUAGUUAAUCAAGAAACAAUCUGUUAAAUGGAGUGAAAAAUAAUUAAAAUUGAGGGAACAAUUAAAUAAAUUAUGGAUUUUUUUUAAUUAAAUUAAGAGCAUGAUUUAUGAAAUUAGGAAAUUCAUUUAUCAAAUCUUUUUUUUGUACCUUUUUUAUUUUACUAAAUAAGUAUUUAAAAACUUUACAGUGAAGUUAUUUGGUUAGAUGUUUGGGUGGUUUGUGGUGGUGAGGCUGUGACCCGCUCACACGGGGCUGCUGGUCGCCGGAGCGCGGUUUUGAAGUGCGAGUUGAUCAAGUCGCUAAUUGAGAUCACCGUUGAACUCCUGCGCAGGUUUGGUAACCCAGCUAAUUUGUGAUUUACGUGAGUUGGGUUUGACAAAGGAGAUUGAUGGAGAUAGGUUAUGUAGUUCGCUAAUAUGGCGUGGUCUUUUUAUAACUAAAUGUUGACUAUCACAAGUUAGCUUAAAGGCUAUGGCAGUGAACACGCAGGGUUAGGCGGGCAGAAAGUUGACAAGAAAAAGGGACUGCACCUGCCUAAAUCUAGUUCGAGUAUUGAGAGCUCUGCCAUGAUGAAUAGUAAAAGAGGAAAGGUGAAGUUUGGUUGGUUACGUUCAUCAUUCACCUCGCCCAGAAAGUUCCAGAAGAAUGUUGAAGGCUUGGCUCGACCCACGCUCUGGAACGACCCAGAGUCUGAAGAAUCGAGUGAGGACCACUCUUCCAGCCUGAACAUGUCCACUGGGUCAGUCGAACUAGGCGAGCUAGAAAGCAUUAAGCUCAACACACCUAAGGGCAAUCAGGCAACACCCACUACCAAAAAGCGCACCCCAAAAAAACAUGCCCUGUCUGGUGGCGUGCGCAAACUGUUUGGUAAACAAGCAGUGACUGCAGAGCAAGACGCUCAGCCAGCACGGCAGUCCGCAGUUCCCUCCCCAGCUGUAAAACGCAAGGACAGGACUUCAGAAGAGGGCUCAAAGGCUAUCUACCUAAAAGCGCUUACUCAGGCUAUAGGAAGUGGUGAAAAGAAAUCUCCCCCUACCAAAGACAGUGUUCAGAAACCCUCUGCGAGAAAAUGCAUCAUAGACACACCUGCUGCGCAGACAAAGAAAAAGGAAAGAACCUACCUCAGAAAGUCGUUUAGUGAUGAGAACUCUGCAGCACUUAAGACAGAAAAACACCGGCAUUCCCCGUUUGUUUUCACAGAGACUGAAGUGGAAGAGAUGAAAACAGAUACCAGGAGUGUGCUUUUGAAAGAUGAUGAAUCACCUGAUUGGUCAGAUGUUGAGGGCUCUGUUGAGGUGGAGACUUUUUCCCAGGACGAGUCUCAGGAUCAACUUACAAGGCAGAAAGUAGAGUGUGAGCAUGGAAGAGAAAUUGAAGACCCUGAAGGCCCACCUCCUUUGGAAUAUGUGCCUAUCCAACCUCCAACAUACAUGCUAUCCCAACGGUUCCCGCAGCCCACAUUUGGUAUGCGAUGGAUGACCCCCCACCAAAGUUCCCCUACUUCUACAGGUACAGAGACCUCUGGGCAAUCCUCAGUGGCUUCGAGAGAAUUGUUCUUGUCAUCAAGGCCUACCUUUCAAGAUAUAACACCUGGUUCUUCAGCCUCCAAGACUGUACGUCUGCCUAAUAGUUCAUUUGUGGCAUUGGGACGGGGAGUUAGAUUACCGCAGCCAAUCAGCCAGUCUUCUUCAUCUCCAGACCCAUAUGCCCUACCCGGCAGAGCUUUCAGAACUGAAUCCCCUGUCCCACAUUCAAAGGGAUUGUGUGAGUUCUCUCCUAUAUUGCAACACAGGUUCUCAGAUUCAGUCAGGUUCUCUGCAUCAAGGAGGUCUUCUACCACUAAUGUUGCCACCCGGAGGAUGUCUGAGGGUUCUGAGCCUCUCUGGUUAACAUGCUCGGAUCAUUCUAUAACAGGCUCCCAAGAAUUUCUAGACACCCACUGUCACCUGGAUAUGCUGUAUGGGAAAUUGGGCUACCAGGGAAGUUUCCAAAACUUUCGGAAGGAAUAUGCCAGCAGUUUCCCUGUGGAGUUUGGUGGGUGCAUUGCUGACUUUUGCAAUCCAAGGAUUACACAGAAAGAGGCUAUCUGGGAGGGACUUCUGGGUGAGGAGUUAGUAUGGGGUGCAUUUGGAUGCCAUCCACACUUUGCCAAGGAAUAUAACAACAAGCAUGAAGAAAGCAUCAUGAGAGCCAUGCGUCAUCCCAAGACCAUUGCGUUUGGAGAAAUUGGAUUAGAUUAUUCUCAUAAGAAUUCCACUGACUCCAAAAGACAGAAAGAGGUGUUUGAGCGGCAGCUGCGAUUGGCUGUGUCUCUAGGAAAGCCUCUGGUUAUUCACUGCCGUGAUGCUGAUGACGAUUUGCUGGAGAUCAUGAAGAAGUGUGUACCUCGAGACUACAAAAUACACAGACACUGUUUCACCAACAGUUACUCUGUAAUCGAGCCAUUCCUAAACGAGUUCUGUAAUCUGUGUGUGGGUUUCACUGCGCUGGUAACAUACCCUCGUGCUGUGGAAGCUCGGAAUUCAGUCAGGAAAAUCCCACUAGAUCGCAUCCUGCUGGAGACUGAUGCCCCGUACUUCCUGCCCAGACAGGUACCCAAGAACGUGUGUAGGUUUGCUCACCCUGGAAUGGGGAUACACACCUUGCGCGAGAUCAGCAUGCUGAAGGGAGAAGCCCUCCCAACCGUUCUCAAAAAAGUCCGCCAGAACACCACACACAUCUAUGGCCUGUAAGCAUCUCAAACCUGCUGUCGCUGCCUGUUACCUUGCUGAUCUGCAGUAAUUGCAUACCAUGGAAUCUACUGUACGUAUCCUAACACUCAUUGACUCCAUGUUUUCUGUCAGAACUAUGAUGAGCUCCAUGUGUAAAUUGGUGUGCUGAACUAACUAAAAAAAAAAAAAAAAGUAUGUUGUUUUAUAGUACCCUCUGUUCGUUUUAAAAUACUUUAAAAUAGUAUAAUAGUUCUGGGUUGACUUCUGUUAUUUGUGUGCUUGCUUUCAGUGUGUGGUUGUGUAAACAUUUGAAUUUGUGUUGUGUGUGAGUGUGUUUUUCAAAGCAUACAAUACCAUACUUUUGUUUUUUCUAUUAAAAUAAGAAGGUGACGUUUA